AUGUCUGCACUCAACCAACGUCUCCACGAUGUCCUCAUGUACCAAUGGGCUGAGUACCCUGAAACUUUGAAGGUGUUUCCAAAGAAUGUCGCCGAUCUCAGGACAAGGUGUGGCAAUGCAAUGCUCGCUUUCCAAAGCAUGCCUGGCACCAAUGAAGUUCUCAAGGAGCAGGAGAGACGACUAAGAAGGAUGGGAUUACGUGUGGAGAAGGCAGCUACCCAAGAUUGUGCAUCAACAACCAUAUCCAUGCUCAACGGAAGCACGCCAAGUGCCAUCAAUCUUGCAGUUGGGAAAACGGCACUCCCCGUUCAUGGUGACCAACUCGUCUUCGCUAUCAGCAACCUCAUGCAAGUGGACAUCUUCUAUUUUUCAACCCGUGCGCAACCUCGCUUGAUCACCCCACGAAAUCCACUUGCUUCGUCCCAUGAACGCCCUUGCAUUGCCAUACUGCACCAUGUUGAUUCAUAUGCUGGUACCUCUCAGUGGUUCAAUAUUUGUGUUGAUGAAAGCAAAACGAAUGUACCAUUGAUAUCCCCCCAAGGAGCAUCGUCUGUAAGCAAGCCGUAUCCAACACCACCAGCAUUUUCAAGAUCUGAGACUGGUUCGACAAAGUCAAGAAAGGCGUACACGAAGGUUGACAUCAGCAGCGAACGACUGAUAUCGACUUUGGAGGAACAUCUCAAGAGGUAUAUCAGCAACUUGUACCAGACGAAGGUGGAGAAUGGGAAAGAGAAGUUCGAUAACUUCUUCCAAAAACAACUCAAGCUGAAGAACCUCCCUAUGGUCAAACAAGGCGUAUACGACGAGUUGUUUGGGGAUGACACAGACAAGCAUCCAGCAGCAGCUUGGUUAUCUAGCGCUCUGAGGAAGAUUGAUGGAUAUGAUGCUAUCGGCAGAUAUCGUGAGAUCGUGACAGCAUUCCAGCAUCAGCAAAUGGAAGUAGAGGAGGGAUCGGAGAAGAGAGCCAGUGACAGCAACAGCAGCAGUGGCAGCAGCAGCAGCAGCAGUGGGAGUAGUUCUGAUGAUGAGGGUGGCAGUAUACAGCAAGAAGGCAACACAAAGACAAUCCAGGAGACCAAAAUCGAGACAGCUACCAUGUCCUUGAAGGCGUUAUUAAGAGAAGAUGUCUCUUUUCAUGAUAUCAAACAACGACUUGAAGAAGAAAAGUCUCGACUGGCAAUGGAUUUUCAAUCUCUAAGCACGUGUGUCGGCAAGGCAGUGGACAUGCUAUCAAAGGGAGAGCUCAAUCAGCUAUGUGGAUAUGCUCAGCCUGUUUCAAGUGAGAUCGAUAUCAAAGAUGUGGCGAAAGAUUUCGAUUUUGGUGAUGGUGCCACAACAACUAUUGCUGUCGUUCCUGUUCAAAGCAAUGUCUCCAGCUAUCAAGACCAGAAGCUAUUCGAGCAUGGCCACUUUUCGAAUCUAUUAUCCGGUUGUGUCAGCAACUCCAUUAACGAGGGGAAAGAGAGAUCGGUUUACAAGGAGAUUCGAAGACUUUUGCUUCCACAGCUUGAUCAAUCGGACAAGAAUCAUGAGCAAUUUUGGUUCAAUCAAGCCGUAGCUGAUAUGCUGACAGAGUUCACAACAUCAUUCAAGAAGAUGUGGACCAGGAGCCGAUUAGAGCGUGACCUCCGUGUUUCCAUCCUGGGCUUGCUACGUGUACGGUUGGCACCACAACGAUUACAACGAUACAUUGAAUAUCGCCGUAACGCAGGCAAGAAAAAGAGUGAGGCAAAGGAGGCUUCAAGCAAUGCUUCAUUAUCACAAAGUCAGCAAAAGAAGCAACAAAGGUCCCUUAUGCGUCGUAUUGGUGCUGCUGUGAUCAAAGGAAGGCCAUCUAAAGUCAUCCAGAAGCUGUAUGGCAGACUUGUGCAACUCACAGAAGCUUCAAUGACAACUUCUACACAAUCGGAUUGCCAAAGUGAACGAGAAGCAGAUGACGGCUAUGAUCCCUUCAACUUGCCACAUGCAGAAGAAGAAUUUGAAGAAGAUGUUGAUGAGGAUAAGGGUGAAAAAAGCAAAGAAUCAACAUCAAAGACUCUUCGUGCGUUGGUGGCAAUAUUGAAACGACUUCUUCAAUCUGGUUCAACAGGCAAGGUGUUUACCAAAGAAGAUAUUACCAAAGCAGCAUUCAAAGGGACGACACUUUCUUGCGAAGAAGCAACAGCUGCGGCAGACAUUGCCAAUUUUCUCAAUCCUUUCGUACCCAAGAACGAAGCGUUACAAGAUAUCACCGUGCUUAAUGGAGUUGCAAUAGCAACAAUCGCCAAUGUUGUUGUUAAUCUCGUGCAACCUCAGCAAAAUCAGUGGAAGCUGACCCCAACAUCAUCCCAAUCAAGAGGGCUACCACUAAGUUCAGCUGCUUUGUAUCAAAUUUUACGCAAAGAAUACGAGAUCCCACGUGGUGGCUCGGGGGGAUAUAUCAGCAGUGUCCAUCAAGCAAGAAAAGCAAAGAAAGAAUUGUUUCAAGCAUUCUUCGACGUGGAGAAAAUGGAGCAAUUUCUUUCCAGUCGUGGUCUUACUCCUUAUUGGCGAAUCAUAUACGUUGAUCAAUGGCGGAUAAGAAUUGUUGGAAGAAGGACUGUAUACCGCGAUCCAAUGAUGACACGCAAGAAGAAGAAAAAGAAGAAGGUGUUGAGAUCUGCUGGAAAGAGAAAAGCUGGUGGUAGUCGUCGUGUCAAUUCAAAGCGACAUAAAGGAGAAGCGAUGGAUGAUGCCCAAGUGGAAGGCGUGAACCAAGAACUCAAGGAGACACGACUAGCACUAGCCAAAGCAAGAAGAGAGCAUACGAAGAUGGAAAGAGAGCGUGCAGAUCUGGGGCGAGCGUUUCGAGAAGAAAAGAAGAAGAAGAAGCGUUGGAAUUCAGCAUUGUACUCACAGCUGAAAGAAGCAAGGAAGGCGGUGAACGAUCAUUAUGUCAAGAUAGACAAGCUGAAGGAGAAAUCAAGUCGCCUUGCCCAACAGCUAUAUAACAUGCAACGAGGAUCAGGAAAUACAGAGACAAAAACAAAACUUGAUGGAUCCAAAAGGAAGGCGGCAUCUAUGAUUAAGCAACAUAUCAAGGGGGAAAGAACAAUUGCACUCACCGGCACCGACCCAGGCAUUGUUACCACUGCCACUAUCGCAAUCGUACCUGCUGCCGAACACAUCAGACAUAUUCAAGAUAUCGCUUCGCUUGAGACUUCGGAUGAGGAAAAGGUGCAAUCAUCGUCGCCAUCAAAACACGUCGAUCCAUCAUCAUCAUCCCAACAUGGGUCACCAUCAUUUUCAUCGCCAAGUGUGGAGCUACCAUUAUCAGCACAACAUGACCCAUCAUCAUUUUCAUCGCCAAGUGUGGAACUACCAUUAUCAGCACAACAUGAACCACAAUUAUUCUCAUCGCCAAGUGUGGAACUACCAUUAUCAGCACAACAUGACCCAUCAUCAUUUUCAUCGCCAAGUGUGGAACUACCAUUAUCAGCACAACAUGAACCACAAUUAUUCUCAUCGCCAAGUGUGGAACUACCAUUAUCAGCACAACAUGACCCAUCAUCAUUCUCAUCGCCAAGUGUGGAACUACCAUUGUCAAUACAGCAUGCUGUUGAGCCAUUAGCCACCUCAUUUACACCAUCACAUUCAUCUACACAACCGCAGCACUCCCCCCACCUAUUUGAUGAGCCUUCAACAACCAAAUCAACCCAACAGAAGUCAUCAUCCCAACCAACUAAGACAGCUACAGUCAAUCUCACAACAAAGCUGGUAUCCGAUCGCACGUUUAGCACCAUUCAUCGGCGACAACGUGAAUGGAGAGAACGGCACAAAAUGGAUACAUCGUCAACCAAACAAGCAAAGCAGACCAGAACACGUGAAAUUCGACGCAAUCGGUUUUAUUGCAAAUUUGGAUCAAAUGUUCGACACAAAGCUGCUGCCGAUGGUGAGAAGAAGGCUGCGAGCAUCAUAAACUUUUAUGGAUCAUGGACAGGGAGAAACAGCAGGAUCAAAGGGCAUGCACGUGGUGGAAGUCAAAGCAAGCUGCAACAAAGAAUGAAUGCACCGGAAAACGACCACUUGCUUGUGGUGGAUGAGUACAACACAACAAAGACUUGCGGAAGUUGUCUUCAUGGUGUUGAGCUACAAUGGCAGCGUAAAAAGGAUGGUACAUUCAAACGUUGCAAAGGAGCAGUGAACUGUCCCAAUCCUCGUUGUCCACGUCGACUUGCCAGCAAUCAAACUACCAAGAGUCGAGACGCAUCUGGAGCUGAAAAUAUUGCUUUGUCUGGAUUGUCGCGUAUUAUGUCGAAGGAUUCCAAGCCCUUACCUGCUUUUCAGCGUGGAGGCAAUACCACAGCAUAUGAACUUGCUACACCAUUUCAACAAUUAACCACCAGUGGGGCCAGUACUGGCCAUCAUUGA